UUUCUUGAGGCUACAAUAUUUCAUCCUUGGAUAAAAAGGCAGUUUAGAACAAUCCAGUAUAAUGUGUUGAAGGAAUAUUCCCGAAGAGAUAAUAUACACUUUACUUACAGGAGUAAGUAGGUAGUGUGAAAAAUUUCCUUCUCUAACUGUGGAAAUUCAAAAUAGCAAACAAACAUUACUUGACAAAAAGGCUAGAGGUGUAUGUCUAUACCAUGAAAUAUUCCAAGGACCAAAAAAAAAAUUAUAUUAACAAUAAUAAAGCAAAUGAAAGAUAAAUGGAUAACCUAAAAACAUCAACAACAACCCCUUCUGUUAGACCAAUCAUAAUAUUAUUUUCGUUGGUAUGGGCGUUAGGUUGAAAUUGAAACUUUGUUAUAUACGUUACAUGGGCAAAGGUAUUAUAAAAAUAAUGAAAUCUACAGCAAACAAAAAUAGGAUAUAAACAAAAAACAAGGAUAAAACUUUCCAACUCAGUAACGUUGUGUUUUUUUGGAUCUAUAAAAAUUUCAUACCAAGCUAGGUAUAUAUUGAAGGAGGAAAGGACGACGAUAUAUUAUAUUAUGGCAACGCAAUCGGUUAAUAACGCUCUAAAAACUUUUUAUCAUCAUCAACGGCAAGAACAUCUGCACCAGAAUCAUGGACAACAACAACAAAAGCAUAAGAACAUAACAACAACAACAACAACAACAGCUACAGCGGAUAUACAAGAAAAAAUGUGGUGGAAGAGAAAACCAACUCUAAAGACAGCUAUUCAAUCGAGAAAGUGGAAAAAGACGAGAAAUAUAUUGAAUCUAAUGUUGCCAACAACGAGGUCUGCAGCAAUGUUUACCACGCUGAUUUUAAUACUAGUUGUUGUUUCGGGAAGUACUGUUCAUGCGGCGCAGCGGGAUUCUUCGUUAAAACCAAAAGCAGCAAAUAGUUUAAAUGCACUUUCGGGAAAUGGUGUCGAUACUGCAGCUAAUUUAAAUGCUAGCAACAUUAGCAAUGGUAAUCGUGUGAAUCGAACAGUAAGCAGUUCAAAUGAAAAUGCUAUGAUAGCAAGCAGUAAUUCAGUUACAGCAACAACUAUUGGCACAAGUAGCAGUAGUAGCUCAACAGCGAUUACAACCACAAGUAGAAAUAGUGGAGGAAGUAAUUACAAGGGAUCUUCAUCCAGUGUACAUAGAAAUACAAUUGAAGUAAAUGAAGAAAACAGAAAUGGUCCGUACUUUGAUAAAGCUUCAUCAAAAAACAUAACCGCGUUACUUGGAAAGACAGCUUACUUGAAUUGCAGAGUCAAAAAUCUUGGAAACAAAACUAUGUUGUUGCAAGUUUCAUGGGUGCGACAUCGCGAUAUCCAUCUGUUAACAGUUGGCCGUUACACAUAUACAUCCGAUCAACGUUUCCGUGCAAUCCAUCAACCACAGACUGAGGAUUGGAUCUUACAGAUCAAAUAUCCACAACAUAGAGAUUCUGGUAUUUACGAAUGUCAAGUAUCUACAACACCACAUAUGAGUCAUUAUAUUCACCUUAAUGUCGUAGAACCGUCAACCCAGAUAAUUGGUGCUCCAGAUCUGUAUAUUGAAAGUGGCUCAACAAUCAAUCUGACAUGUGUUAUACUCAAUUCGCCUGAACCACCAGCAUAUAUAUUUUGGAAUCAUAACAGUGCGAUUAUUAACUACGAUUCACCGCGAGGUGGGGUAUCAGUAGUAACAAAUAAAGGCGAAACAACUACAUCAUUUCUACUGAUUAAAUCUGCUAGACCUUCUGAUUCUGGACAGUAUCAAUGCAAUCCGUCUAAUUCCAAAAGCAAAGGAGUGACAGUUCAUGUGUUGAAUGGUGUUUCUCAUUCUGUUUCCAGGGGAAUUCCCAGCAGCAAUGCAGCGCGCGGGACAAGCACAUCAUCAAAUGUCUCCAAAUCAUUAUCUAUUAGUUUACCUAUCAACAUUUUUAUCUGCUAUAGUAUUUAUCAGACAGUAUCAGAAAAUACCGAAUGUUGUCAAUCGCAUCUGACCCAAACAAUCAACAAUAUAAUCAAGGCAAUAAUAUUUUGCGUCACAGCACUCCUCAUAAAAUGCCUAAAUUUGUUCUCAAAAUAUACUCAUCGAACAACAAUGAUAAUCGAAUUUCAAUCCCCGCAACAGUAUUCUAAUCAUGAUCGAUUUAAAAAAAAUGCUUCAAUAGUAGAUCUUAAAUCAAAUCAACAUCACGCUAAUCAUUACAAAAGUCAUCAUUCUCAUCCUCAUCAAACAGAUAUCUAUCAUAUUCAAUACUGGGAAUCUACUAAACUAAAUUGUCUAAUUCAAAAUAAUUUCAAUAAUAAUAUUUCAAAUAAUAAUGACAAACAAAUUAAAAUGCAACGACUUGAUGAAGAAAAACUUAAAAAAACCAUCGCUAAUGAUCACAUCUCAGAAUCUACUCUAAUCAUAACAUUCAGCAGAAAAAUUUACACUCAAGAAUCUGAUGUAAGGUGAGAAACAAUACUCUCGAGCACUGUAAUUUAAGGAAAAAAAAAAUCUAUUUUAUACAUAUAUAUAUGUUUUUACUAUUUCUAACUAAGGAAAAAAAAAUAAGAAUUUUUGUAUUAUUUUGUAUUUGUAAAUAUAUACUUAUUAUAAUUUCUUUAUUUAUAUAAAAAUACAAAUUUCAAAAUGAAAUUAUUAUAUAACUUUAAAACUACACCUGAUAAAUGCAUGUAAUAAAAGUUUAAUAUAAAAAAGAUGAAAAUUAAUAUAAAUAAUACAAAUUAUAUUAUAUAUUGCAAAAAAAUGUUGCAUUCCAAACAAAAAAAAAUCCAUUAAAAUAAACGAAACCAGUUAAAAUAGAAUUUAAGUAUGAGUUCUUAUGUUACAUUAUUUAAUAAAAAAAAUACGUACAAUAUGAGUUAAACUUAAGGACAGAGUCCGGCAGGGUACAGUUGUAUUUUGGAAAUGAUUGUCACACACAUUGUUUAAAAUGAACAAAUUUAUUGGUGUUAAUCAAAUUAUACGCACAAAACUUUCCAUGCAAGUUGUAAAUUUUUAUUUCUAGCUAUCAAAAAUUCUUGCUUUUUUUUUUUUUUUGUUCAAACUGUUCUGUAGAUAUAGCAAUGGUUUUAAGUAUCGUGAAACCUGAAAAAGUCGAAAUACACCUCAACAUAUUAAUUUGGCAUCUCUCAAAAUCAACAUUAUUUUGUUUUAGGACUGACAACUAUUUGUUUAAAUUAUCGGCUAAAAGUGCAAGCCUCGCAAAUCCAUUUUUGUUUUUUUUUUGCAAAAAUGAUAUUUUGAUGCGGAAUUCAAGUGGGCAUUGAAAUUUACAUCAGUAUUUCAGUAUAAACAAAA